AUGGCCACCAAAUCUCAUGUUCUAGUUCUCACUUUGCCUGCACAAGGCCACAUUAAUCCUCUCUUACAAUUUUCUAAGCUCUUAGCUUCCAAAGGCAUUAUCAAAGUCACAAUAGUAACCACAAGGGCAGUGAAGACUAGCCAAGGAGACGACUCUCAGCUGUCAGAACUGAUUAAAUUUGAGUCCAUCCCUGAAAGAAUCAAUCACGGCGGCGAAGUACCCGAAAUAUCAGCCCAUCAUCAAGAUCCAAACAAGGAUUGA